CUGGCAGUCACUUCGGACCUCAGUCUUUCAACCCGCCACUCUCACCACCUAUUUUUUUUCGCGCACCAGCACUGUCUGCUGCUAUACGGUAUAUUUACGAUUUCUGCUUUAAUUGUUCGUGUCUUUGUAUACGUGUUCUCUCAGUUUCUUGCUCUCGCUCGAGUCUCGCCACCGACGACCCUUUACACUCUUUGCGACAGCUGCUCAGGGGCGCUUCGUUCAUUUUUGCGUUUCUGUCUCGAGUCGAAGAGGGAAUUUUUCACCCAGAUUCACCACGUUCACCUGGCUGCAAAGGCAUUGUGCCCUUCGAAACGUGAUUCGUAACACAACACGCUAAAUAGCCGGCUGGCUUUUCGACCGCAACACAUUCACAAUGGCUGAUGAUCUUGACGCUGAGUUGCUCGCCCUGGCGGGUGAUGACGCCUCAGACGAAGAGACCUCUAGCCCUCCUCGCAAGCUCUCUCCUGCAUCUCCGGCUCGCUCUACCUCACCACGAUCCCCGGAACCAACGUCAGCAAUGGCCCGAAAAGGCACUGCGAAAACCGUUCGUCGUCCCCGAAAGUCGCGGAGAGGUGAUGAUGAGGAGGAAGAUGGAGAAAUAUCCGCCGAUUCUCUCAACUCAGCUAGCAUGUCUGAAUCAGAGGCAGCAUCUGACUCCGAGGGUUCAGAUGCAGGGGUUGAAGAUGAAGGCCCGCUGUAUCCCUACGAGAAGCUGUACCAUUCGGCACAGGACAAGAAAGAUAUCAUGGCGAUGCCCGAGAUUCAGAGGGAACAGCUUCUAUCCGAGCGUGCGCAAGAGGUAGACCGCCACAACCAGGAUCUCGCCCUCCGCCGCCUGUUGGCUUCACGAGAGAAAGAAGAGGCUCGCAAAGCAAAGAAAAAUAAGCGCAAAGCAAGUUCUGCAAGUCUGGACGAAGGCAACCGCAAGAGCUCCCGGCAAAAGACAACGCUUGGAGGUCGAAAGGUCGGCGAGGCUUCAGAGGCAAUCGAGGCGUACAAGCGGCAGCGAGAGCAGAAAGGCAAGCGUGACGAAUUACGCCGCCGGGACCCUACGACAAAGGACCUUAAGUCGAGAUCACGGGUCUCAGACGAUGAUGCAGAAGGAGACAGCGAGGUGGAAUGGGACGACCGUGAACGCUCACCAACACCACCUAAAGAUGAUCCUCCAGCCGAUAUCCGCGAUUUUCAACGGGUGCGUAUAGGCAGAACAAACUUUGCGCAGGUUUGCUUCUAUCCUGGCUUCGAAGCUGCCGUGACUGGGUGUUAUGUCCGUCUCAAUGUUGGACCAAACAGUAGCGGUGUCAACGAGUAUCGGCUUGCAUUGAUUACAAAAAUCGAGGAAGGGAAAAAAUAUGCCUUGGAGGGUGCGAAUGGUCGGUCAUUUACUACUGACCAGUACGCUGUCCUAGCGCAUGGAAAAACCACGCGCGCGUUUCCGUUCAUUGCUUGCUCCGACUCUCACUUCACAGAUGCCGAAUUCAAUAGAUACCGACAGGUUAUGACUGUUGAAGAUUGCAAGAUGCCGACUCAGUCCCAGCUUACUAAGAAAGUAAUGGACAUCAAUCGUUUAAUCAACCACAAAUUUACCAAUGAGGAGUUGAACGAGAAACUACGCAAGCAAGGGUCUUUAGACUCUAAGACGACGUUCUUCAAACGAGUCGACAUUGAGAAGAAAUUGAAACUUGCACAAGAAAUUGGUGAUAAUGAUGAGGUAGAGAGACUGCAACGCGAACUCGCCAACCAAGCCCCUAGACUCGCAUUCGGAUCCAGUGCCAAACCUCGUGCAGAAAAACUUUCCGAGCAUGAACGUUUGGCCCAAUUGAACCUGCGGAACCAAAAGCUCAACUACGAGAACGUUCGCCGUGCACAAUUAGAAGAGCGGAAGGCUAGCCGGAAAGCCGCAGCGGCCGCUGCACGCGGAGAUUCUACGGCCAUCAACCCUUUCCUCCGUGUCAAAACUCUCGCAAAAACUCACCACGAUGUCAAUGGGUCAACACCUAAAGCUGAGGAUAACCAUAGUCCUAGCGUAACACCUGCUUCCGGUACGCCGAAAGCUAACACGCCUGGCGGCACGCCGUCUAGUUCGCAGAACAAGCAAUCCCAAGGAGGUGCAAAGAUCCGCCAUCGCAACAUGGACGAUGAAAACAUUGCAGCUCUGGACCUUGAAAUUGAUAUCGAGAUCUGAAAAACCUGAACACACGAAAAUAUAUUCCUAUCUGUUUUUCUAUUACCCCUUUUAUACGGCUUAUUUCGAAUACCAAUAGUGACUUAGACGGUGAAGCAUGAGGCGCAGCGGUUUUUGACGCUUCCUAUAUUUGUUAAGGGAUGGUUUUUCCCCGGCGUUAGAGCUUACUGCGUCUUCUCUGUAUUAUUAUAAAAAGAAAAUACUACUAUUUUGGCU